GCGCUCCCGGUGCCCUCCCCGUGACGUGCCUGGCCGAGGCCGCGCAAGGGCGCUGUAGCUGCCAGUGCCGCUGUCAUGGCGUCCGAGCCGCUGGCUGAAGAGAACCCGCCGCGGUCUCCUUAGAGCGAGGGGCUGGCGGCUGGGCAUGGAGAGCGGCCCCGAGAGCCUGCAGCCACUAGAACACGGGGUGGCCAUCGGGCCAACGCCAGGGACAGGUUCUCCGCAGGAAGGGCCACCGGAGACCAGGCUCGCCGCCGGAGAUGGUCCUGGAGUAUGGGCGGCGGAGAGCAGAGGCGGGAAUGGGCAGGGGGCGGCGGCCGCCGGGAGGAGCCUCUUGGACUCCGUUUCUCCCGCCGGCUCUCCUCAGGUUCCCAGACCCUGCAGCUCCUUUCCGGGCUUGGACUUGAAGGAGAGCGAUUUGGAGAACAUUGCUGCUCAGAAGGCGCCUCUGAGAGGGCAACACAAGGUGACCGCCUCGCCGGAGACCGCGGAGGCCGGAGCGGACCAUGGAUCGGGUCCGGCCGGAGACGCCGGCUGCCGCGCGGAUUCCGCCCGCACCUGCCGGGCAGAGUUGGCGGUGGCCGGCUCCGAGGAGCCUAGCAGCGCCGGCGGCCUCAGUAGCAGUUGCAGCGACCCGAGCCCUCCUGGGGAAUCGCCAAGCCUGGACUCCCUGGAGUCGUUCUCCAACCUGCAUUCUUUCCCCAGUAGCUCUGAGUUUAAUAGUGAGGAGGGAGCAGAGAACCGGGUCCCCGGGGAGGAGGAGGAGGGCGAGGGCGCGGCGGUGUUGCCCCGGGCUGUGCCUCUUUGCCGAGAAGAGGAGGAGGAGGGGGAGGAAGCUCAGGUACUGGCGGCCUCCAAGGAACGCUUCCCGGGACAAUCUGUCUAUCACAUCAAGUGGAUCCAGUGGAAGGAAGAGAACACACCCAUCAUCACUCAGAAUGAGAAUGGACCCUGCCCUUUGCUGGCCAUCCUCAAUGUUUUGCUUCUGGCCUGGAAGGUGAAACUUCCACCGAUGAUGGAAAUCAUAACUGCUGAACAGCUGAUGGAAUAUUUAGGAGAUUACAUGCUUGAUGCAAAGCCAAAAGAAAUUUCAGAAAUUCAACGUUUAAACUAUGAGCAGAAUAUGAGUGAUGCUAUGGCAAUCUUGCACAAACUACAGACAGGCUUGGAUGUAAAUGUAAAAUUCACUGGUGUUCGAGUGUUUGAAUAUACACCAGAAUGCAUAGUAUUUGAUCUUCUUGAUAUUCCUUUGUACCAUGGGUGGUUAGUGGACCCACAGGGUCUACUGUAUUUGCUGGUAACAGACCAGGGGUUUCUUACAGAAGAAAAAGUUGUUUGGGAAAGCCUACACAAUGUGGAUGGUGAUGGAAAUUUCUGUGACUCAGAAUUUCAUCUGCGGCCUCCUUCAGAUCCUGAAACCGUAUACAGAGGACAACAGGAUCAGAUAGAUCAGGACUAUCUUAUGGCAUUAUCUCUACAACAAGAACAGCAGAGCCAAGAGAUCAACUGGGAACAAAUACCCGAAGGAAUCAGUGAUUUGGAACUAGCAAAGAAACUCCAAGAAGAGGAGGAUAGACGGGCUUCUCAGUAUUACCAGGAACAGGAACAAGCAGCAGCAGCUGCUGCUUCUGCUUCUCCACAGGCCCAGCAAAGCCAGCCAGCACAAGCCUCUCCAUCAAGUGGAAGACAAUCUGGGAAUAGUGAACGUAAACGAAAGGAACCUCGAGAAAAAGAUAAAGAAAAAGAAAAGGACAAAAAUAGCUGUGUCAUUUUGUAACAAGUGGUGGGUUCUGUUGGAUGCGUCUGUAAGUCUUGAGAAACAAAACCACAGGAGGAAAGGAAGAAAAACCGAUAAAUACCGUCUGUGCCUGAUUUCCCAAUGGAUUUUGUUCAUGUUUUUCAGGGGAAAGGUUGUUACUUAGUUACAAUCAGACUUUUUCAAGUCACACAGUACACUCUUCGUGAGCUGGAGUUUCGCGUUACAAGUUGGAAAUGCUGUGUGGUAUCAUACAUGAAAAAUACUGCACUUGUAGCCAAAUAAGCAAAUCACAGCAAAUUUUGUGUCAUAGUGACAUUCAUAACUCAUAUCAGUUAGUAAGCUAUUUUAUCUUUUGUUCUAACAAUGAAUGGAGGUAACUGAUUUUGUCUGAUUCCUUCCUGAAAUCUAAAUAUUAGCACAAUAGUUUCUGAAAUUAAUUUUUACAAUGUUAAAUUAUUAUCUAAUCCAAGAGAAACCAGGGGGUUAAUAUAGGGAUAUAAAAGGAAAACACACACACACACAGACACACACAAUCUCACACACACACACACACACA